AUGAGUCCUAUCAACUGGAUCAAGAGUGCUAGUACCGGCGAUGGGCAAUACGUAAAAAGGGCCGAUUAUUGGGAUGACUCUGGUUGGGAGCAAGGAAGAUGGAUUUUGUUUGUCGUAUUUGCCGUAGCAUUGCUUAUGCUUAUUUUAUAUACCCGGAUGGCAAAUAGACGAAGGGUUUUACGUGGACAGGCUCCAAUUAGAGGCACAGCAUGGAUAUCGCCACCGACGUACAGACAAUCUCAGACACAACAUAACAGAGGUACUGGAGAUCCCGCAGAAGAUUAUGUUCCCGAGUAUACGGAAAGGGCAAAUAAUCAGGAUCUAGGGUAUUAUGAUCAAAACGGCGAGUUUCAUUUGAAUUCCAAGGUAGAAUAUCAAGCUCCUCCCUCGCUCUCAAGACGGGGAUCAGAGUCAUCUGAGUCUAUCGAACGACCACAGCCAGCCGUUACAAGGGUACCCACAGAUGAUAUGGAUUUAGAUUUUAGAAGAUACCGUCCGACAACGGCGCCACCUCCAGCUUCUAGUUCAGAAUCGCAAAAUGCAGCUGUGUCAGGAGCAGCUGUGGAAGUUUCUUCUAGCAAUACCAAUACAUCAAUUGAAUUACAAAAUAUCACAUCCCCUGAGAAGGCCAGACUGUCGAAGAGCUAG